ACUACUUCCAGUAUUCAGUGGGGAAAAACAAUCCAAAAUGAGGUUGUUAAAAUUAUUACUUUUAAUUGCCUUUGUGGCAAUGGCCGCAAGUCAAGGAGACGAGGAAAAUCCCGAGGAAACUCCAGAGGAAACUCCAGAGGAAACACCAGAGGAAACUCCCGAGGAAACCCCAGAAGAAACUCCAGAGGAAACGCCGGAGGAAACGCCGGAGGAAACACCGGAGGAAACGCCGGAGGAGGAAACCCCUGAAGAAGAAACCCCUGAGGAAGAAACUCCUGAGGAAGAAACCCCUGAGGAAGAAACCCCUGAGGAAGAAACUCCUGAGGAGGAAACCCCUGAGGAAGAAACUCCUGAGGAGGAAACCCCCGAGGAAGAAACACCUGAGGAAGAAGAGGAGACUCCCGAAGAGGAGGUUCCCGAAGAGGAAACCGGUGUCACUACUGCUCCUGGCGGUUCAACAGAACCUGGAGCUGGUGCAGAGGGAACAACUAAAGCUACUGUAAAGAAACCAACUAAAAAGCCCACAAAGAAGAAGAAGAAGAAGACCAAAUUCCAAAAGCAAAAGGAAAAGAGAAAGAGGAGAAGGAACAGGAGGAAGAGGAGGAAGAACAGGAACAAGAACAAGAGAAACAAGAAUAAGAAUAAGAACAGGGGCUAA